AUGUCGUCUCCGUGGCCCUCGGUCACGAAAACCUUCCACCACUCCCCAUAUGAAGCCAUCGAUCCCAGAAACCCCAGCCUCUCGGCCCAGGGUAAGGUGGUCAUCGUGACUGGCGGAGCUAGCGGGGGGGGAAAAUCAAUUGCUACCGCCUUCACCAUAGCUGGGGCUCGGGCAGUGAUCAUUCUAGGGAGAACCAAAGAAACCCUCGAAGCCACCACACAAGUUCUCUCAUCCCUAGCUUUGAGCCAGACGAAGAAGCCAAGUCUGAUCAGGUAUUUUGUUGCGGACGUCAGAGAUACCCAAGCCAUCGCCCUGGUCUUUCAAACUGUCCGACAAGAGAUCGGAGCGGUGGACAUCUUGGUCAACAAUGCGGGAUACCUGAGCACACUCGACACGACGGAAAACUCGGACAUUGAAGACUAUUGGACCUCCUUUGAGGUGAACGUCAAAGGCACCUUGAACGUCGUUCAAGCAUUCCUUCGAUUCGGUCGCGACAAGACUGCCACGGCCAAGAGACAGCCAACGAUCCUCAAUGUGUCCACGGCUGGCGUCCACCUUCCCUGUAUCCCGCGAUACUCAUCGUACGCCGCGUCCAAGGUCGCAGCCUGGAAAUUGGUGGAGUACGUUGCAUUUGAGACAGCAGGAAGCGUGCGUGUCUUCUCGAUCCAUCCAGGAUCAAUUGAAACGGACAUGAGCAGGAAAGCCAACAUUCAGCCACUCGACGAUUUCGCAUUACCCGGCGCAUUCUGUGUAUGGCUUUCGGCAACACCAGAGGCCGACUUCCUGCAUGGCAGGCUAGUUUGGAGUAAUUGGGACGUCCAAGAGUUGAUGGAGAGGAAACCUGAAAUCAUACGCGAGGAUUUAUUUACCUUGAAGCUGUCGGGUUGGCAUGAUUGA